CUUUGCCACAUUUGUUUGCCUUUAAAAGUAAGUACCGGACGUUAGAUAGCGGCAGUCUUCCUGGGAAGCCGGUGCAAUAUCAAUUCGGAUCCAGUUUUAGGUUCCAGUUUUGUUAUUACAAAGGGAGUUUGUGUUUGUCCUAGAUAACGGAGUAACCACAACAUCAGCGGUUGGCAAAUCACAACAUUUGCUGAUCACAAUACGCAUGGACUUUUCUAUGCCUUAUAAGUGGCAGGGCGAAUUUGUACUUCAGACAUGAAAGGAACGAUGAAAGGCUCAGCUUAAAUUUUCAAUUGUAAAGAACAUAUGCUGCGUAAUCAAGGAUAUUCACAUACCAUCCAAUCAAAAUGUACAGCACCUACAAGUUGGAUUUCUCGGAUCAGAUUUUACCAUUCGAUAGAAAUGUGCAACUCUAUCAAAGCAUCAGUGAUGCCAAUACCACCCAGCAGAUAUACGCAUUCCACGAUGGAACACUGUACAGCUACCAGUAUGACGGUGAGUCAAAAACUUGGCGAAACAUCACCAAUUCCACAUUGGUCACAGAAGAUACGUCGGAAAGCAAAAUCCUAUACUUUACCGGGGCGACGGAUAGCUUGCUGGUGCUUAAAACCUCCGAAGGCAUCAGCUUUUACCGUAGCGAUCGAAAUCAGCAGUUCAAACUGCUGUCGGCGAGUCAAAACUUUGACCAGAAUGAAUUUCAUGACCUCUACGAUUGGCACAAGCCUGGCAACGUGAUAAAAGUGGGACGUUUCUAUCAUAAUACGGGGAUAGUUGGAAUGUUGACCAACCACCGGGAAUAUGGUCUGAAGUUUCAUGCCGUGAUGGAAGGAGAUUUUGAGACAGGUGAAUAUCCGAUAUGGGGUCUGGCCAAGGAUUUCAGUAUGGUCGGAAGUGGCUUGGGAACGGAUUUUUACUUGUCUGAUUUACGAGGGAGUGGUCAAGAUAAUGUAAUUGUUAGGAAUACAGAAGGAUUAGAUAUUUUUAAGUUUAAUGUAGGAAACGGAUUGGAGCGAUUGAUGUUAGUGCCUGAAGGCGGAAAGAAUGAUAGUUCCGAGCAACAUUUGUAUUUUCCAAAUCUGACUGGUCAGUCAUUCAGAGAUAUUGCAGUUUUUAAUUCCAGUGGCUUAUUCAUCUACCAAUACAGCGAGGAACAGAAUAACUAUCAAUUUAUACAUUAUAAUUCGGUGUUUUCCAUGGUUAAUGGAUGGAAACCGGAGUACGUGAGAUCAGUGCAAUUUGUAGAUUUAGACAUAGAUGGUAGAGAAGAUUUGAUUUUCACUGGGCCCAGAGGGAUGGAUAUACUCUCGUUUGAGAACAGCACUAACGAAUGGCGAUCUCUGCUCGAUAGGGGUAUACUUACCAUUCCAAAGCGCCAUGCUGAAGUUGCGAUGGUUUUAUCGAGCACAGAAAGUCCAGUUUUGUUCACGCAACAUAAAAACGAACUACAAUGGGCUAAUGUGGUUGAGAUAGCAGACUACGCGGAGGGAGAACUUGAAGAGCCGGUCAAGAAUGAAACGUCAACACAAAUAGUCCGGCCAAUUAUUCCAGAAAUCCAGGAAUUACCUCUUGAUAACGAAAAGCAAAUGGUUUUAUUGAGAGACCAACUUGAAUGGUCGUCCGUUUUUGAUGCGGUAGACAGAAUUACGGGAAAACCGAAGUUCCAGCUACCAUUGAUAGAUCUCAAGAGAUUGUCUAGCAAUCUCAAACUAGAUGUCUUCUACGAUGGCAACAGCAAGGUAUCGGACAUCCUGGGGGUCGGUUGGUCUUUGCCUCAGAACUUUAUAGCUCUGGACCAUCAAUCGAGUGUGUUUCCAGAGGACGAAAAGUACUAUGUCGUAGCUCAGGGCAUGUCGCAGCAGCUGUUGUUCGAUAGUGCCAAUUCGACUGAGAGCGUGCAUUUGUUCAAAGUCACGGAAAGUGGUCAAGACUUACAAAUUCGUCAUUUUCUAGGCGAUGGCAAAUGGGAAAUAGCCAGCAAAGGCAUCAAACAGAUUUUCGGGAGCGUUGCGAGUUCUGGAACCGGUGCCAUUGGGAAGGAUUUAGUAUGGGAGAAUUGGCGAGGUUUGGGCAGUAGUUCUAGUGGACUGAAGCAAUUGACCACGAAUUGGUAUGUAGCAGAAGUUACUGAUCAAGAUGGAAAUUCGCUGCAAUAUCAUUACGACGUAAUUGACAAAACAGUUUCAAUGGGUAAAAUCUUCACUGAACAGGUAUACCUGAAAGAAAUUGCCGACAACCACGGUAAUAAAAUCGUUCUUCUUUAUGGUGAUAAGAACAAAACCGAAUAUAAUGCACUUCCCGUUCAAGAUAAGGAUGGCAAUCUGAAUACGAACCGGUUGCAAACCAGAUAUCUCAGCGGAUGUAAAGUCAUGACUUCGAGUUAUCAGCAAGACAUCGUCUUCACAUACAAACUAGAAGACGGCAAACGUUAUCUCAUUCAAGUAACUCAAGAUGGUGACCCAACCAAUGAACCGAUUCUACAGUUUAUCAAUACUAAAGUAUCGAACGCACAAUUGCUUGAAAAGAUAGUUCUACCAACCGGCGCAACCGUGGACUUCAGCUACCAAUUGUUGGGAUCGGUAUCUCCUAUCACCGAGGAGAUAGGAAGAAGGUUCGAUGUGUCGACAACCUUCAGAGUUGACUAUGGAAGCGAUGACGUUCUGAUUAGCUACAUCAACGAGCAGGAACGCGUUGUGCUGAGAAUUUUCAAUCAGGAUUUGACGGACGAACUAGGAUCUUCGGAGUCCCGAACCGCGUUGGUGAGGUUCCCUUCGUUGGGUCGAGGUCUGGUCAAAGCACAUGAGAUAGGUCGUGCUGAAGACUUCGUGGCGGUCAUCAUGUAUUACAGCACCGACAAACAGCUGUGCCUGCUUCGUAGAGAAAAGGGAAUAUGGCAACCGACGGUGAAGUACUACGACUUAAGCGAAGAAGCGGUUAUCAGAUUCGGUAGAGACUUUGUUGUAGUGGCAGAUGUUGGAACCUCUGCGGAAUUGAUUGAAUGGGAUAAAGAAUCUGAGAAGUGGGAGAAACGCGCAUUUUUCGGAAAAUCAGCAGUAAGUGAAAUACCUGUAUUCGUCGCAGCGUACGACAGAACAUUUGUGGUUUAUGAUGAUAAUCAACUGUCUUUGGGAUACAGAACAGCAAAAAAUGAUUGGGAAUCCAAAGUGAUUACUAGGGAACCAGGAAUAAUGAAGAAUAUUAAGGAAAAUUUAAAAAAGUUCGACCUAGACAGCAAAUUAUACAAACAGCUUUUGAACUAUUUCACAAACAACGCGCUUCAUCUUGACAAGAACUUGAUUCUUCUGAAUGGAUGGAAGGCAGAAGAAAUGCAAUUGUACUCCACGAUGCACUUCUACACUCUAAAUAGGGCAUAUGAAGUGCCUCAACACCAGCUGUUCGACGUUCCAAAAGAUGACUUAAAACGAUUUUCGUACGAAAUUGACGGACAAGAAGGGAAUUUCUUUACAAUUGCCUACAAGUUUGUUAAGAACAAGUUUGAGCUGAUGGUUAAAGAUUUCCGUGGCCCAAUGCUCAACGAAAUAUAUGAAUACUACAACAAAACCUUACAGGAAUAUUUCAUGAAAGAAUGUCGGAAGACAACAAGCUGCGGUCGAAGCACGGAGCAAGUCGAAAAGGAAAUUGCGAAGGAAGUGGAAGAAGCCAAAGACGUAAUCCGCAAGCAAGUUCUUACCUCCGUAGGUAAGGCAUUUUUGCUGAAUCCUGGCAAUUACACAGCAAUUUUGAGCUCACAAACAGCUACUUGUGGCCAAUUGAAGUUCAACUUCACCGGCAAUUCGUGGAAGCAAGAAGAAAUUGCAAGAAACCCAACAGAUGAAGACACACUUUCCGUUCCGCUGGGAGAUAAGCUAGUUCUAGAUAAGCAGAGUUCGCAGUCUUCGUUGAAGCUGUACAGACAGGGAAGCGACGGAAACAAGCAAGGAAAUGCGCUACAUGACCUUGGAGUAAUGCACUUGAAUGAAACCCUUUCGCGCAACAUGUACCCCGCCUACUUGGCAUACCACGAAAAAGACAAACAAGUAGGCGUGGUGGAAUUUUCAGCUAAUGGCAACUUUGAUAAGGCUCUUACCCUUCCUGUGGUGGAGAAACUAAGUCCCUGGAGUAACUAUCAAACACUGGUUACUAGCGUCGACCAUUUCAACACGAACAAGACCUGUACCGUGGUCUUUCGCCGGAAGCUCGGAAUCAGGCGCCUACUGCCUAAUCCCGUUGUUUCGAAGGUUCAGGUGAACUUCGAUCAGGGUAGCAAACGCAUUUCCGGGUUUGAGUAUAGCUUAGCGAACGCUUUUGGAGAUACUGUAUACUACGAUAGCACUACCGUGAUUCCAGGUAAUGAGAAGUCUUUGUUCGGUUGGAUUAAGGACGUUAGAAGUUCCUCCGAUUCGUCGGAAAUGAGCAGCUCGGUAUUCAACGCGGAGGGGAAAUUGGUACCGACGAGAAAGUCGGAUGAAAAUCGCAAUGGCGAACAUGAUGAUGUAGCAGACGAAGAAAAUCUGUUUGUGAACAGUACCUUAUAUGACACAUCAGGAAAACUAGAGGUUGCACAGUUCUUUCCUUAUGAACUGACAGAUGAAGAAGUAGGAUAUUACGGCUUCGAGGAUUAUGAAACGAACUUAAUCGGAGCAAAAAUUAAUGAAAAGAGAUGGAUGUUCAACGAAAGCGACGUAGUGCAACGUGGUUUCUCGUUUACUGGGCAGAACUACCUUAACUUGUCGGAAGGAACUCUGGUGGGGACAUUCCAACCGAAAACUCAACACCACGAAUAUAUUGCAUCCUGUUGGAUGCGGUCACCACAGGACAUUUUAGAUCUUGGAGCUGUAGUGCCCUUCUUAAAGGCAUCUAUUCAAACUGGAAAUGGAGAAGAAGUAUCCGAAUUGAUAGGUGAGGUAAAGUAUCGAACCAGAGACUGGUUCUACUUGGAAGUUAUUGUAAAUUUGCUGUACAUAAAAGAGGUGGAGCAAGGAAUGGAACAGUAUUCAACUUCAGCGCCGAAUCCUAAUUCCAAUCUGAUAGUGGCGAUUAUCGUAGGGCCCGCCAAUAACACAACAAUACAAGUGGACCAUAUCCGUUUCUCGCCAUUGAAAUGCAGUUUCCGCGCGAACGUUUAUGGGCCCAUACCCGGCCGUGUGAAAGAAGUCAUAAGCGCAAAUGGAAUGGUAAAAAGAGAAAUUUUCAACGAACACCAGGAGUCGAUCGCCAGUAUCAAUGAGUAUGGGCAGCUGGUUGAGUUAUCCACGCAUACCAAAUUAACGAGCGUUGGUAGAAUAGUCAAGCUGAAGGGAAGUGUACGAAUUCAACCGGAAUCUGGAUUCUAUGAAGACUUCGCUCCAUUUUCGUUUCUUCAACGUUGGACAAUAGAUCAGUCUGACGGUUGGAGAAUUUCCCCGGGUCAGUUAUUGCACAUUGGUGACUCUGUCAAUACUUUAGUCUGGGAUCCGUACGAGGUGAACUCAGACUCGUAUGGAAUUAGAUUUUUCUACUCUCUGCUAUCAGCCAACUCCAGCGUUAAAUUCAAUGACGAGCUCACGCUUUUGCGCAAUGAUCAAACUGCUGCGCUCUCAGGUUUUGGAAAGACAUUGGUUGUUCCUCUCAACGGAGAAGUUUUAAUGGUUUCUGAGUACAAUCGGCAUUUUAUCUGGGUAGACGGAGGCCUGUACGUUGAUACGUUUUCGAAUAGCCCAUUGUCUAAGAUUGAAAUGGCUGGAGAGGUUAAAAUAGAAAACAUGCUGAUUUUCAGUGAACCACGAGUUCAAGUGACCUAUCUCAACCAGCUUGACGAGAAACUACAAGAAGUGACACUAGAGGAUGAACACACCGCAGUGGUCACAGGAUACCUUUACGACAAACUCGGUAGACAAGCCAUUACUACACAAGAUGCACGUACGAAACGAUCCCCCAGCCAACCUCUAUUGGCUUACUAUGCAAAUUUUGUAACCAAUGGUAACCCUUUCGCAAACGAUUCUCCAUGGAAUACCGGAAAACUACAAGGUGAUAUAGCAGAAAUGGUCGGAGAAUACGCCUUCAGUCAAGUUAUGUACGAGAGCAACCCGUUGGAUGAAAAGUGUGCCGAAGGAUUGCCAGGAAGUGAAUUCUCAGUUUCCGGACCCUUUGGAAAGCGCUUCUCUCGUUCAACUGGAAAUGCUUUUAUCAACAACCUCUUCCCUGCUAGUCAAAACUAUACCUAUCAGGUCGAGCACAAACCAGGAAAUGUGGAACACAUUUCAGUUUUCGACAGCAAGAGCAACAGGAUAGCCUGGUACGUUCACGUCCCGAAGAGCAAAGAUCUACUGAGCACUUACGAAUACAACGAUAACGGCAAGCUUGUGAAAGGUUUGCCACCACUGUAUCAUGAAAAAGUACGAACCUUACAGAAGCUGAGCUCACAGCUGAAGUCUGUAUCCGAAGAGGAGCAAGCACUACAAAAAGUCUUGGGAAAUCAUGUAGCUUACAACAAUGAGGGUAGUGAAAUAACAAAGAAAACACCUGACGCUGGGAAGACAGAGAAUAUAUACGAUGAAUCUGGAUUACUUAGGUAUACUGUUUACCACUCCAACGAAGCCGACCAAACCAUUGAAAACGUCAUGUAUUUCGAUUACGACGGAUUUGGAAGACUCAACGGUACGGGAAAAUUGACUUCCUUUCCAUCCAAGGAUCAACUUCUGGAUUUGCAACUAACCACUAAUAACACAGAGCAAUACCAGCAGUUCUACCAGAGUGACUAUGAGCGGGAACCGAUGUGGCGAGGCCAGAUGAAGAGAACAAUCACCUUCAAUAAUGGUGAACCGCUUGUAGAGGAAUCUGCCCUGAAUUCCGAAGAAGAAACCCUCAGCAAGCGAAUUCUGAUUCCAAUCGAAGGCGACACACCACUCUCCAUCUCGAUUAACAAGAGGUACGCAACGGGUCAGCUAAAGGAAAUCGAAUACCCCAUCGACAUCCAAGGUAUCCCCUUGAGACUCCGCUACAGCUACAACAAGCUGGGUAAGGUAAUCGGAAUAGGUUUCUCGGGACGGGCGACAAACUUCGUGAGCUACACAUACAACCCUGAUGGGAACAUUGCGAACGAACAGCACUCGCCAGACUUCUCAAAGAACUUCACGCGUCACUACAGUUACGAAGGACCCGGACUCCUCACCAAAUUGGAGGACAACUUUCUAACCGAGAAGGUUUACUACACAUCCGGAAGUUACGGCGGACAUGGACACGGUGAUGGAACUGUUUCACGGACCGAAUUCAAGGCAACUUGGCACGGAAGCUGCGACGAUCGAGAGCUUGGGCUGAACGAGAAAUCCUUCGCGGGCAAGUAUAUCUCCGCGGAAGAUUCAGCACUUUGCUUUCGUGAACUCAAAGAAGCUGGUUAUCUGAGUGAUACAAACCAACAGAUCAAAGAAUUCUAUCCUGAAUUGGAAACGAACUUGCCAAUUAUUUGCAGUAGCGGAAUAACGGGUCGGAAGAUUCAAACUACUUUGGGUGAACAAGGGUUUCCUGAGGAGUAUGGCCACAGCUACGACUACGGCAACCAUCAAGAGCUAACAAAAGCGAAAUAUUUCGUGGGGAGUAAGAAACUGUUACCGAUUCAAUCGGAUACGUUUUCCAGAGAAAUCCGCGAUAUCAACAGCACCGUGUCGGGUGAAAUUUGGCAAGCUUUGAAGAAUGCCGGUUAUUUGAUUGAGGAUAAUGUAAAAGAAGAAGCUUCUCUGGCUCAUUCCAAACGAGGCAAGUCCUUCAUGCGGACGGGACUUCUCGACGAUUUGAGAAGCAUCAAUCAGAAUUAUGGAGGCUAUGAACCUCAUUUGGAAAAACUCUUGGCUACUGAAUUCUCACGAGGUCAAAGUCUUUCAACGAUGAAGCUCAAUUUGCAAAAGGUCAUCUUGAAGUGGAACAUGGCCGGCAACAAACAGCAGAAUACAGACAAGAUUAUACAAAUGCUAGAAGAGAAGCAUUACCUGUCAAAUCCUGUGAGAGAAGACUUCAUUCAGAUACUGAAGAAAUACGAGAACUUCCUUCCGGACAUUGUACGCGUACUGACGGAGUACUUCGCAAGACAGCUAGGCGAAUCGGAGUAUGAUGUUGAAUCGUAUGGCAUUGAUGCCAACGGUAAUCACAAACAUUUCUACAUUGGGUUCGAUCGCUACGAAUUGAGUUACCGCAACAACACCAACCAGGUGUAUUACGUCAAGUUUAAAUCCUUCACGUCACCUCAAGCGGAGCAGAUGUUUGGAGUGAAGCAUGACAAUCGAGGGAAUGUUAUACAGGCGUUGCACAAGGGAAUCCAGCAAAUCAGCUACAACCCUGUAUCGAACCGUGCCACCAAGAUGCAGUUGGCUGACGGGAGAAGUUUAACCUUCUACUACGAUGCCCAGGGUGAACGCCUUUUGAAAAGAGUUACCAACAGCCAAGGAGACGUCACUAAGGAAACUCUGUACAUACGGGACGAGUACGGUCGAGUUCUUGUAGAGCGACAAACAACCUACAUUUCACAAGAUCUACCACCCGAUAUUCUUACCACAGCGUACAUUUAUGGGCCCAAAGGGCUAGUGGGAUUCCUUCGAAGGGACGAAUUCUACAGCGUAAUUACCGAUCACGAAGGCUCGGUACGGCUGGUGGUGAAGGAUGGUGAAGUGGUGGCAGCCUACGACUACCUACCGUAUGGCAACCUUAUGCGCCAGUAUGGUAGUAACCCCGAGGGUCACAUUUCCUACCGCUACACCGGUCAAGAGUGGGAUGAAGAAACCGGUUUGUACAACUACCACGCCCGCUUCUAUGAUCCUAGCAUUGGGCGAUUCUACCAAGUAGAUCCGAAAGGGCAGUACUUCAGCCCGUACAAGUACGCUGGAAAUUCUCCGGUAUCCAUGGUGGAUCCAGACGGGCAAUUCGCCUGGUUUCUCAUACCACUCAUAAUAGGUUUCGGCCUGGCUGGAGCAUACUUGGGCGGAUCUGCAGCGAACCGUAACUGGAAUCCGGCCAAAUGGAACUGGAAAAGCGGAAAGACAUGGCUAGGUCUUAUUGGUGGUGGAAUAGGUGGAGCAUUGCUACCCGUGGGUUUCGGGGCGUCCAUAAGUGCGUUCACGGCCGUGGGUUUUACAAGCGCUGCAGCAAUCGCCGCAACUUCUGGCCUAGGGUUAGCCGGAUCGUACUUUAGCAUUGCCGCCGCCAACAAUGAAUGGAAUCCGAAAAAAUGGGACUUCAGCUCACCGGAAACGUGGAACGCAGCACUGCAAGGAUUCGCCAUAGGUUCGGGAGCUGCGGGCGGAUUGCGAAUGACACACCAAUUUUACUCCAAGCUGUCUCAAGCAGGUAAAAGGCUGUUCUUGGCAGGUAGUAUCGGGUAUGGUGGUGGAACAUUUGCAAUGAAUGGGUUUACCAGUGGCUGGGAUUCUGGACCUGGAGUACUUUUCGGCUUCUUGGAAGCCUUGACUGCUGCUCCUGAUAUGUCGAUGUUUCUACGUGGCGUUGGGUCAGAUAUGAGAAAAUUUGACAAAGAUAUUCGUAAUGUGAUUAAACAUUUGGUGAAAAAUAGAAAAUCACUUUCCGCAUUGCGCACCGUAAGCCAUAUGGAUGAGUUCUGGAGAGUAGCACAAGUGAUGGGUGCUCUUUCAGUUGUGGCACUGUCCGCUUACGCAGUAGGAAGUGCUAUCAACGACAACGGAAAAAGCUGGGACAUGACUUCAGUCGGUUCCUAUCAAGCUAUAAUUCAUGGUAUUCUCACAGGAGGACAACUUUCUUCGUUUGGAAAAUCGUAUUUAAAAAAAUAUAAAGCGAAUAAAAACCUUAAAAUGGGUGAUCCAGCGGCCAAAAUAUCAAAUGAGGUUGGACUUGACGCUGUCGAAAUUUACAAGAGGAUUAUAGAUUCAAAUCAAAUCGUUAAUGAUCCAAACUACAGCCAUUCAGUAACACUUGCCCUGCAACACAGUAGCAUUCCAAAUGCGGCCAUGACUGUUGCAAUCACCGAUCGUUGGAUUGUCGUUUCAUUCUCAACCAACAAGGCUCCGGGACUGGUGCUUCUCUAUUCCCACACAAACCUUGUAAGCCCAGUUUUAAAAGGGCGUUUGAUUCAACACGACAAUGGAUUAGUUGGCAAUAGACCAGUUAGUUUAAGUGAUAAUGCUGUUAAAAAUGCGGAAAUAACAGAAAAUAUCCAUCUCAAACACGAGGGAAUCAAAAAAAUCCAUGUAAAUAAAUUCGAUAGUGAGAAAAAAAUGAUGAUUAUAUUUAACGAGGAGCGUAUAAAUAUCGAUGCGCAAAAACAACUUAAUGAGUUAAUAAAAACAAAGCUUUCGACAGACGGUUAUGUCGGAAAAACAUCAAUAAAACAAAUAUUCGAAAGGCACUUAGAAGCUGAAGGAGCAUCGCAUCCUGAAGUAAGAACAGUAAUAGAGAAUUUAAAGGCAUUGAAAACACAAAAAGACAACAAACUUAUAGAAUUAAGAGAAAAUCCCAAAUCGAAGGAGUUAAAGGCAGAGAUUGACAACUUGAACAAAAAGAUAUGGAAAGCGCAACAAGAACUAAGGGAAACGAAAAAAAGAGUCGUCGCACGGCUAACACAGUCAUCUUACGAAUACAUGAAGCAAUUUGAAGAUACAUUUCCAACUUGGGAACCCACCAACUGUGCUGAACCCCACGCAGUUACAGCAGUAUCCAGAGCGGAAGAACUUUUUCCCGACCCUACCUUGAAAUUAGGAUAUUCACCCAAAGAUAUCAAAUACAUGUCCACCUACAAACUCAGCGACCUUCCCAAUCUGACGCCGUUCCCUCGGUGUCCAAAUUGUCUUAUAACAACCGCCCACGUCAAGAACAUUGUAACGGAUCCCUACUUUUUCGAAGUCCUCAACAGUCUCAAAAUCCAAUCACACCUGCAGUUCGAUUUUGCUAAAGAACGGCUCUACUUCCUUUUACCUCAUCUUCACAUGGCAAAUCGAUUGGCCCGGGGUAGAAAUGCGACCACUACCACGGUUGCUCCUCCGAGCACUACCUCCGAGGAACCCCGGAGGAAUCGAAGAGCUAUUAGAAGCUACCAAACUUCAAACAUCGCCAGCUCGGCAGGAAGAAUACCUUCCUGGAUAAGCGGAAUAACCUCUUGGUUCGCAAACGCCAUAAAUCCACACCCCAAACCUGCUUUGGGUGGAGCCACAAACAGUUCUAUUUCGCAAGUCAGUGCCCUACUCGAUGGAACCGGGACACUGAUGUUACUGGACACAAUCAUCAGGAAAUUUUCAGGUCAAAACUAUAGCUCUACCGCAGAUCAAACCAUCCUGGCCCUAGAAGCCCAAGGAUACGCUAUGAAUAUUACCGAGGCAUUUGAAAAGGCCGUCGAACAAGCCGCUCUGCGAAGCCAACUUCCGUUAGAUCGUGUGAAUAUUGAUUACAGCGAAAUACAAGGGGAAAUUUUAGGUAGAGUGAUGAGUGGCAACUUGAGCGAUAUUUCGGAGAUGUUAAGAGUGAAAAUAAUGGAAGCACAAUCCGGGCAUGUUGAUGAAAAAAUUCAAAGAAGGAUUGAUCGAUUUUCACAGGAACUCCAUGUAAUUUUGGACGAAACAAUUUACCAAUCAUUUGUGUAAUUUAUACUUGAAAAUAAACUUAACCAAUCUAUGGAACCGUAAACUGGGGUCCAAUUGAUCUCU